GAGAGAAGGAGAAUCACCCAUAUCAUGUACUCUGGGGCAUAAUAAGUGACACCACUGUUGAGUUCAAUGAGACUGGCCAAAAUGUCUGAGUUCACUGAAGGUUCUGACACCGUUCUGACCAAUUACACUGCAAUAUCCCACAACUCUGGUACAAAUGGGACCUCCAUGGUUUUCCAGGGCUUGCAGCUGAUACAACGGCUGAAGUUGUUAAUCAUCCUGAUGUACACAGGUGUGGUUGUGAUUGGGAUGGUAGGCAACUGUCUUCUGGUUCAUGUUAUCUUGCGCAUCAAGAAGAUGCACAAUGUCACCAAUUUCCUCAUUGGGAACCUCACUCUUUCCGAUGUGGCUAUGUGUGCCACAUGUGUGCCACUGACUCUUGCUUAUGUUUUUGAGCCACGUGGCUGGAUUUCUGGCAGCACCAUGUGCUAUUUCGUCUACUUCAUGCAGCCUGUCACUGUUUAUGUCUCCAUCUUCACCUUGGCCACCAUUGCAGUGGACAGGUAUGUGGUCAUUAUGCACCCGCUGCGACGCCGUGUGUCACUGCAGCUCAGUGCCUACAUGGUUCUCUUCAUUUGGAUUCUCUCCUGCUGCUUGGCAUUACCAGCCAUGGCCCAUACCUAUUACGUGGAGCUGGAUCAACAAGGAGUCACUCUAUGUGAGGAGUUUUGGGGAGAGCAAGAGCGACAGAGACAAACCUAUGCCUUACAAACUUAUGCCUUGUGCUUGCUGCUCAUCACCUACCUCUUCCCUUUGUUGGUCAUCCUGAUCUCCUAUAUCAAGAUCUCUCUCAAACUGAAGAAUAGGGUCAUGCCAGGAAGUGUGACUCAGAACCAGGCAGACCGGGACAAAGCCAGACGCAAGAGGACAUUCUGCCUGUUGGUCAUGGUAGUCAUAGUCUUUGGGGUAUGCUGGCUUCCUCUUCACACCUUCAACCUUAUUCGGGACAUUAACAUCAAUGCUAUUGAUUCCUAUUAUUUCAGCCUGAUCCAGCUAGCCUGCCACUGGUUUGCAAUGAGUUCGGCCUGCUACAACCCAUUCAUCUAUGCCUGGCUUCAUGACAGCUUCAGAGAGGAGCUUAAAAAAAUGCUUGUUUGGCAUAGAAAAGUAAUUCCUUCUGGGCAAAGUAUGACUGUAAGUGUUAUUAUCUGAUCACCCCUCCUAAAGAUUCAUCUCUUCCAGUUAAUGUUAGUGUGUUAAUGUGCAAAAUGAUUUCAAGUUGUAUGUUUGUCUAAACCAUAAGUCCAUAUAAAAUACAUUCCUCUCAUUUUCUGCAGAUGAUGCCUUUGAUGAAUGUAUAGAGGAGGAAAAAAAUUCAGGAACCCAGGUUUAGCAUUGCAUUCUGUAUGUAUUCCCUUUAAGGGUGGGUGUAAUAAUUUUAGUUCUUUCCUUGGUGUCAUGUAACAGAAUAUUUUUCAUAUAGAGAAUGGUGAUGUAAAUGCAAUUAGCAUCUGAUUUAUGUAUUUUGGACUCUGCGGACACAGUGCACAAUGUGUAAUAAAUACAGUACUAACUCGAAUUAAAGGCAUGUGCUUGCAAAUGCCAGUAAAAUGUCAAGAUUUCAAACAAUGUGUUAUGGUUUGCACAGCUUUCUGAAUUAUCAACUGCUGUCUAUUGUUAUGCCUUGUCAUUGUUGUAGAGAUGCUAGAUGCUGGACCCUCUCUCUCACUCUUAUCAAACAAAUCCAUUGGCAACUACCCUAAACAGAAGCCACAUCGACAUCUGAUUAAACUUUACAUGAGAGGGCAUCCUUAUAUGUUCAGACUGUAUUACAGUAAGAGACUAAACUAUGUAGCAUGGGACAUGUGAAUUAUCUCAGCAAUGUCAGAAUAGUUGUAUUAUCAGCACUGUGUUGUGAAUGGUCACUGUGCUUAUUUUGCAUACAUUGAAGCUUUGGUGUGAUUGCCCUAGUUUAAGGUAAGCUUUCCAUUUUGUCUCCCUACCAUAUGUGUGUAAAAGCCUCCCACCUGUGGAGAA